AUGCUUUCAAAAACAGCACUCAUUUCCCUGCUGGUCCUGGCCUCUACCGUCCUCUUGUCCAAGGCUUACCCCAAGGAGGAAUUAAACGAGCUGAUGAAGCUGAAGGAUGAUCUCACGGAAAAUGACCCCCCUGCAACCGACAUACAGGAAACGCCAGCAGAGAUUUAUGCAGAGAACAAAUGCAGAUUUAAACGGUUCUGGAGAAGAGUGGGCCAAGCCUUUCGAAGGUUGUUCGAUAAAGUUGGGGUUCACCUCCUCGUUGGCCGUCGUUUUUAA